ACAUUUUUUUUGAUCUAAGCAAAGGAUCCCUUAAAAAUGGAUUCUAUAUUGUUAUAACUGAAUUCUAAAUUUAAAAAUAUUUUUAAUUCGUUCCUUUCAAAAAAAGUCCUAAACAAGUUCUAUAUGACAUGCUAAAUUACAUCCCUAUCAUCGACAAUGGGUAAGAGGAACCCAAGAUUGAAACAAAAUUAUUUUAUUACAACAACUUUACUUACAAUAAAUAAAAGUUUCUAUACAAACUGGUUUUAUUCUAACUUUCAGAAAAAAAUGAUAUCAAACUUAAAUUUUCUAUCUCAAAUAUGGAUUUUUGGAAUCAUAAUUUUUCCUAUUCUACCUUUACCUAUAAUGAAGGAACACCAUGCCAUUCUUACUCUCUCAAUAGCAGAAAAUCUGCUUAAAUUCGAAAACGAAGACCCUGCAACAUAUUACGAAUCCCCGGAAGACGACUACGUUAAAUUCGGCUGCGGUGUAAACCCUUUAAAGAAACUUAGUCUUCCAUCUGACGCAAAAAUUUCUAAUCUUUCAUCUGCCUCAAUAUCAUCAACCGAUGUAUCAGAAAAAAUCAGUAACAUGGAAAUAUUUGUCAUAUGGUACAAGGACGGAUUCAUUUUCGAUCCCAGGGAAGAAACCCAGAACUCUGCCCAUUCAGCCGUUUCUCAAGAUAAUGAAGGUCCAUCUUCUAACGACAACCAAAAUGGGGGCAAAAGACCAGCAAGAGUUCAGUUUAAAUCCUUCACAGCCCUCAACGAUCAAUUAGUCAUAAGGAGGGUCAAACUUAAAGACGAAGGCGUUUACAGAUGCUUAGUAAUUGGGGUGGAUAAGAGGAAAGAUCCCGAAUUCGAUUACGUUAAAAUGCUUCUAGCCGAUGCUCAUAGCACCACGCAAAGUCUAGAAAAAGUAUGGGUACCGGACAUGAUAGAAAGAAACUUUACAUUAGACGUCCUACCUUUAAGUGAUUUUGAAGAAGAGGCUACCCAAACAACGCCAAAUUUCUUCAUUUCUGCUAAAGAUAUUCAUAAUUUUAACGCAGAAAAUUUUAUAGGUCCACCAAAGUUUAUGGAAGGAGAAUCAUGGAAGCAUAAAGAAGUAGUUAACGCGGCCGGUACUAGGGCCGUUAUAAGAUGCCCUUCUAUAGGUAACCCCAAGCCAAAUAUAACGUGGCUUAAAGAUGGACAGUCACUUAAUUGGGAUGCUACUAGGAUUAAAAAAAAGAAGUUUAUCUUGAUCCUGGAUUAUUUGAUGUUGUCCGACAGGGGUAACUAUACGUGCGUUGUAUCUAAUCAAUACGGAUCUAUUAGUUCCUCUUUCAUAUUGGAAGUCAUAGAAAUAUUUCCUCAUAGACCCCUGAUCAUUCCUGGGAACCCUCAAAAUUUGACCGUCUUCUUGGGACAAACAGCAAUUUUCAAUUGUCCAUUGUUUGUGGACAUGGAAGUAACCAUUCAUUGGAUGAAAGUUUACCACGUUAAUGGGUCCGAUACAAACGAUGAAGGAAUCCUAUAUUCCCACGUAGUCCAAACAUCUCAGGAUCAAAAAGACCCAACAACUCUUAUCAUAGCUAAUGUAACGAGAAACGAUGCCGGCCAAUAUUUUUGUAGCGCUUCUAAUUCAAUAGGAACAAGCGAGGCUUCGGCUUGGCUAAAAGUUUUAGAUUCGUUAUCUCCCAACAACUUAACGAUGAUAAACGGAACCAUAUCUCAACAACAAUUAGCUCAAAUUAACAUGGAAUUGUACAAAAAUAGUCAUGACUCUUAUAUGAAAAGCCCAAAAAUGAUAUUCAAAGUCAGGAUUUUUAAAAUUGUAGCAGGCUCUAUGGUCGUUUUAUUGGUGUUAUUGAUCAUUUUUUUAGCCUUCUUUUGCAGAAAGGCUAGGGCCUUAAAGAAAUUCAAACAUUUCAAUAAGUUCCUACCCUUCAGUAGUUCAGCCACGGUUUCCGAUAACCCCUUUUAUUAUCAUCGCAAAAUCACGCUUGAAAUGCAGGAUGAUAAAAAUAACGAAACCGAAGGAGGUAUCAGAGCCCCGAUAAUUAGGAUUCGCUAUGUUCGUAACACUUGUUCCUCUGGAAGAAAACAUAAUGUAUUGUUAAAUUCAACGAGCCCUAAGUCUCAUAUCAAAGAGAGAAAGUUAAAGAAAAAACUGAGAACUGAUGCUAAUAACAAUAUUCUGGGGAGUUCUGGGGAUGAGCCAAGAGUUGAUGAUAAACUGAUAUCGCCAGAAAAACUCAAUUAUAAGGUUGACAUCUCGCCAGAAGGGAGUGGUAGCCUGUACGAUAAACCAUCUAAACAUAGGCAGGACCAGAUAUGGACGGAUUACGAAACAAUAUAUGACCCACUUUGGGAGAUAUCCAGAAAUCGUAUAAAGCUAGGUAAGAAAGUAGGAGAAGGUGCCUUUGGAUCAGUGUCAGAAGCUGAACUUUUAUAUUACGAAAAUCCUUUGCUGACCGAGAAUGACGUUCAAAAAACAAAUUACGAUAAGAUUGGAUAUUUCCAAUCGAAUGAAUCAAAUUUAUCAAUGCAGAAGACUGUGGCUGUAAAGAUGCUUAAAGAAAAUGCUACUGACACGGAAUUAGCUGAUCUGAUAUCAGAACUAGAAGUUAUGAAAGUAAUCGGUCACCACAAAAACAUCAUUAACCUGCUAGGUUGUUGUUCAAGUCCCGAAGGGCCUUUAUACGUGAUAGUCGAGAUGGCAUCUUUUGGCAAUUUGAGAGAUUUUUUAAGAAAGAAUAGGCCUGCCUCGGGUUACGAAAUUCCAAACAAUAAGCAACUGCAACAUAAUCGGCAAAUAUUCGCAAAUGAAAACAAACCUAAUCGUGAAAACUUAAAUGGUAGUUCCCCAAAAAACGUAUCUGAUACAUCGUUAAAUAAUCAACCAGAAACAAAUUUGUUUCGAAAUUUGAUAUCUUCCAAUACCUUGAUGGCAAAGGAUUUGAUCAAUUUCUCACUGCAAAUAUCCCAGGGGAUGGAGUAUUUGAGCUCUCGAAAAUGCAUACACAGAGAUCUGGCGGCCAGAAACAUUUUGCUGACCCAAGAUUAUGUGAUAAAAAUAGCCGAUUUUGGUUUGGCCAGGGAUCUAGCUACCCAAGAUUAUUACAAAAAAAAUACGGACGGUAGAUUGCCAGUCAAAUGGAUGGCACCAGAAUCCCUAUUUUACCGCAAAUAUACCGUUAAAAGCGAUGUUUGGUCAUUCGGUAUAGUAUUAUGGGAAAUAAUGACUCUUGGAGGAACCCCUUAUCCAUCGAUACCUGUUGAAAAGCUCUUCGACUUUUUAAAAUCGGGACAAAGGCUUAAAUGCCCCCAAAAUUGUGGGAAAGAAAUAUACGCUCUGAUGCUACACUGUUGGCACUCUCAACCAGAAAAAAGACCACUAUUUGAUAAGAUUAGCGAAAAAUUAGAAAAAAUCUUGCUAAAUACGUUAAAUGUGGAAUAUUUAGAUCUUGGAGUGUCUCUGGACACACCGUCCAUAUGUUCAUCCACCGAGAAACAUUUCACAUUCAAUGGUAAUAAUGGAAACUACCACAAAAUAUCCCCGAACCUAAAUAGAAAUCCCGUUUCCGCUAUCAACUAUAAUUCCCUGCCCCUAUAUUAUAAUGCCAUCAUUUCAAAUCUUCGAUCUACAGAUGUAUAGCCAAAUUAUUCCACGAGUGCUAUGUGUAAAAACAAAAAAUUUUAUUUAAAAGGAAAAUGAACGUGUCCCUUCCCCCAUUACAUGCAGAAGAAAUCUUAAUAUUUCCCAAUCCCCCCCUUUCUAUAAACAAACAAAAAUCGCUCACUACUCUGUUUCGACACCAGAUUUCUUUUUUUUUCAUUUGCUCGAAAUUUAUAUUCACCCCCCCCCCCUUCCCCCAAUUAAUGUUACUAAGAUAGGUGAUCGUUUUCAUAGCUAUUGACCUUUCAAAUAUUUAUCAUUCUUAAAUACCAUAAAACAAUAAUUUUAUCAUCUUUUAUCACACAAUAUGACUUUUUAAGCAUAUUAUAUAGCAAUAUUGUUAAAAAUUCCAACGCUUUUAGCAUGAAUUUUAUAUUUCAAGAUUUCCUAAUUUAUAAGCUACCAUAUAUAUGUUUAUAAUUUAAAUUACCUUACAUGGCUUAUAGUUUUUAGCAUGAAUUUUAUAUUUCA